AUGUCUAGCUCUGAGCCUAUGAGUGGAAACCAAACCUUCUGCACGAUAUUCACAUUUGUGGCUUUUUCCUCGCUAGCAAAGUUACAACCUGUGCUCUUCGUUGUGUUCUUAAUUAUUUACUUGUUUACUGUGGGAGGAAACCUCAUUAUCAUCUGCCUGAUCUGGAUCACCCCUUCUCUGCAUACUCCCAUGUAUUUCUUCCUGGUUAACCUCUCCUUUCUGGAGAUGUGCUAUAUCACCAGUGUAGUGCCUCAGAUGCUGGUACACCUGCUUGUAGAAACCAAGACCAUAAGUGUGGGAGGCUGUGCUGCUCAGAUGUACAUAUUCACCAUCUUGGGACUGACAGAAUGCUGCCUGCUAGCAGCCAUGGCUUAUGACCGCUUUGUAGCUAUCUGUUACCCACUGCAUUACACUCUCCUGAUGGGCCCUAGUGUGUGUUUGAAAUUGGCUGCAGCAUCUUGGACCACUGGUGUAGUGGUGGAGUCUAUCCAGACCACCUGGAUAUUUACUCUGCCCUUCUGUGGAACUGGAAAGAUUCAGCACUUUUUUUGUGACAUCAUGCCUGUAGUGAAACUGGCUUGUGUUGAUACCUCCCAUAAUGAAAUUGUUAUGUUUGCCGUCUCUGUGCUCUUUAUUAUGAGUCCCUGUUUCUUCAUUCUGUGCUCCUAUGUGCGCAUUUUUGUGACCAUCUUGAGAAUCCCUUCAACAGCUGGCAGACAGAAAGCUUUUUCCACUUGUUCAUCUCAUAUCCUUGUUGUUUCUCUCUUCUAUGGCACUGCCUUGUUCACUUAUCUCCAACCUAAGACUUCACACACUCCAGAAACAGACAAAGCAACUUCACUCAUGUACACAGUGGUUACACCUGCUCUGAAUCCUGUUAUCUAUACUUUAAGGAACAGGGAGGUGAAGGAAGCCUUUCAAAGGGUAGCACAAAAGAACUCUCUUAGGCAAAUGGCUUAA